AGAUGAGUAAGGAUGAGGAGAAGCAAAGUACAGAUAGUCAAUCAUGGCCACAAGCUACAAAUUACGAUUUUACAUCAUUACCGCGGGAGAUAUCUUCCUUACCUGGGAACCGUCUAUCCGGCAAUGAAGACAACUUUUUCAGGAGUGCAAAGUGGUGCUCUGACGGGUCGGCCAUCUUGACAACUGCUGAAGAUCGAACCGUACGGAUCAUACCCACUCCCGGAGAAGAAAGGAUCCUAGGCGAGAUAAAACACAUCCCUCAACCUGAUGCCGUGUUGGGUGCGAUAUGGUACCCCUCAGCUUCUUCUCUCACACCGGAGACAUAUUGUUUCACGGUUUCCGUUCGAGACACACCAGUUCGGUUGGUGGAUGCUACAACGGGAUUGGUAAGAGCGAGUUAUCCCAUUGUGGAUCAUCGAGAACAAUUCGUGGGACCUCACUCUAUGGCUUUUAAUACCUCGGCGACAAAAUUAUAUUGCGGUUUUCAAAACGCCAUAGAAGUGUUCGACGUCGCUAUGCCAGGAUACGAUACUUCCGACCGGAUCAAGACCAGCUUCAAUAAGAAAGACCCUGGCGCUCAGAGGGGUAUCAUCUCCGCUCUUGGGUUCAGCUACGAUUAUUCAGGUGUAUAUUCCGCUGGAUCAUACGAUGGGACAGUAUCGAUAUAUGACGAAGAUGUUAAUACUCCUGUUUUACAUUUAGAAGGUGUUGAAGGUGGUGGAGUGACUCAAACAACAUUCCAUCCUCUUUCUUCUCAAAUACUAUUCGUAGCUUCACGCAGAUCAACCGCCAUACAAAUAUUUGAUCUUCGGAAUCCUCUAAAACCAAUCUUAUCACUCCCCCGAAUGGGAAAUACCAACCAACGUCUUAAUUUCGAUGUCGAUCCUUGGGGUAGGUAUUUGAUAGCUGGUGAUGAAAAUGGGUUUGUCAAAGUUUGGGAUAUUUCUCAAGGUGGGAAUGAAGUGACUCUAUUCGAAGAGAAAUUACAUGAUGCUCCAAUCCCUUCAACACAAUUACAUCCUUUCUUCCCUCGUCUUCUCACUAUCUCAGGUACCAGACGUUGUCCAACUUCCACUUCUUUCCCCUCAACCUCAACCUUAAAUUCAACCAACUCCGACUCCGACUCCGACUCCGAUUCCGACUUACCCGACUCCGACUCACCCGACUCUUCUCAUUAUAUUUCCGACUCCGACUCCGACUCGGACUCUGACUCUGACUCUGGUUCGGACCGCAAUUCGAACUACAAGACAAAAUCAAAAUCAAGACCAAACCCAACCUUCCACUCUAUAUCCGAAAUAGAUUCCCUUUCAUCCGAUCCUAUACGUUCAACCCACUCCCCGGUCAAAUCUCUCAACAGGUUGUAUCAACCUUCAACCAAGCAUGACUCUCUCCCUAAAGAAACGAUGAUCACCAACCCGGACAAUGAGACCAGCUCAUCGGACUUGUUACAUGGUACCAGGAGUCACACCGUGGAUUUACAAAGUGAUGGUGUCGACUAUGGACACAAAGGGGUAAACGCACGGAUGGAGAAGAAAAGAAGAGAUAAUGUCAGAUUGAAAAUUUGGUCUUUGGACUCUCAAUGUUGAUGAAUCCUCUUUACAUUUAAUCCAAAUCCAUUUAUUCAUGUCAAAGGUAAAAUCUGUCUAGGUAGAACCUGUCUAGGUAGAACCUGUCUAGGUAGAACCUGUCUAGGUAAAAUCUGUCAGGUCAUUUCAAUCAUCUUUUCUAUACCCUGACCACUUUCAAAGUCAGGAUCGGUCGGGAUUAUGAAUAUGAAAUUCUUCUUUCCAUCGU